AUGCCAGAUGACAGCGACGAUGGCAGCCAGUCGAGUGGUCUCUGGGAGGUCAGUAGCCCAACCAGCUCUAGAAGCUGUAGCAGUGACAACAGUGACAGGGGGUUACACGCAAAGAAGUCGAGGUUUGUCCGGAAAGGGAAACGAGAGAGAACUACACACAAGAAGCGAUCACAGGCGAGUAGUCGAUGCGCUGAACGACCACCCUUUGCGCUCUCCGAAUUACCUGACAGCGGUAGCGAGGCACUCGAGUUAGGAUCCACGAGUGGCAAGGGUCCAGCUGUUGAAGACGCAGAAAACGAUGGAUGCGAGAUUGCUGUACUAGACGAGCUAGUGUACACACCGGAGCUUGACCGGAAGGUGUUCGAGAGCUGGGAUGUUCUGGAGGCGUAUCUGAAGACCUAUAGCAGACGGACAUUUCAGAUCUAUUCGGUUCGUACAAACACUCCUGUCCGCAAACGCAACCAACGCAUCAAAGAAAACAAGUCGGACUACACGUUAAUUCCUGAAGAAGUACAGUUCUAUAACAAGACCUACGUUUGCACUCACCACGGGGACCCACUUCAUAAUCGAAGCCGAGGAACUCGGCCACAGCAAAACUCAAGAAAGAUCGGCUGCAAUGCACAGAUAAAUGCUUGUGUUCAAGAAACCGGCAACUGGGAAGUUCGUAUAACGAAGCAGAUAUCUGGCCACAAUCAUGUUGUCGGUAGCGAGGCGUAUCAGACCUAUCAUGAAGCUCGAGUCGUAUCGGACGACGAUGUCGCUGCAACAGUCAAUACUCUUCACCGGGCUGGGGCCAACCGGAAAAGAAUUCUCGAGUACAUAACGGAGAACACAACCGUGGUGCCGUAG